AUGGAUACCGACGGCUCCGUGAUUAGCACAAGAGCUGAGGAUCAGUCCUUCCAUGUCCGCUACAGGAUGGAGGUGUCCUGCCUCGAGCUGGCGUUGGAGGGCGAGCGGCUCUGCAAAGUCGGGGACUACAGAGCAGGCGUUUCCUUCUUCGAAGCCGCCAUCCAGGUGGGUACGGAGGACCUGCAGGUGCUCAGCGCCAUCUAUAGUCAGCUGGGGAACGCCUACUUCCAUUUGCAAGACUACGCCAAGGCGCUGGAGUUCCACCGGCAUGACCUGACUUUGACCAGGACCAUCGGAGAUCUUCUCGGAGAAGCCAAAGCCAGCGGGAAUCUCGGGAACACGCUGAAGGUGUUGGGAAGGUUUGAUGAGGCCACGGUAUGCUGUCAGAGGCAUUUGGAUAUAGCCAGGGACCUCAAUGACAAGGUGGGUCAGGCCCGAGCUCUAUACAACUUUGGGAAUGUUUACCACGCUAAAGGGAAAAAUAUUUGCUGGAGCGGAGCUGAGCCCGGAGAUUUCCCGGAAGAUGUCAUGAUGGCCCUGAGGAAGGCCUCGGAAUAUUACGAGGCAAAUUUAGGGCUCGUGCAGGAACUCGGUGAUCGGGCCGCCCAGGGUCGAACCUACGGUAACCUGGGUAACACUCACUAUUUGCUGGGGAACUUUCGAAAUGCGGUGGCAUCUCAUGAGCAGCGUCUGCUCAUAGCGAGAGAGUUCGGUGACCGUUCCGCAGAAAGACGAGCUUACUGCAACCUGGGGAACGCUUACGUCUUCCUAGGAGAGUUUGAAGUGGCAGCUGAGCAUUAUAAGAGGACGUUGCAGCUGGCGCGACAGCUCAAGGAUCGCGCGGUGGAAGCUCAAGCGUGUUACAGUUUGGGCAACACGUACACUCUGCUGCAGGACUACGAGCGAGCCAUCGACUACCAUCUUAAACACCUCAUCAUUGCCCAGGACCUCAACGAUCGGAUCGGAGAAGGUCGAGCGUGUUGGAGUCUGGGAAAUGCUCACACCGCGCUGGGUAACCACGACCAGGCCAUGCACUUUGCUGAGAAACACCUGGAGAUCUGCAGAGAGACUGGAGACAGGAGCGGCGAGUUGACGGCGCGUAUGAACGUGACAGAUCUGCAGACGGUGUUAGGCCUGAGCUACAGCACGAAUAGUUCCACAUUGUCCGAGAACAGGGAUGCAGACUACAAGAUGCAAGGCGCCAGGCCGAGGAUGAGCAGGAGGCACAGCAUGGAGAACCUGGAGUUGAUGAAGCUCACGCCUGACAAGAUGAACGGUCCGAAGUGGAGCAGCGACAUCCUGAGCAAACAGAGCAAGCCCACCCUCACCAAGAGCUCCUCCAAGUUGUUCUUCGUCAGCCGUCUACGCGGGAAGAAGUUCAAAGCGGGCGGAGGUUCCGCCAAGGUUCUCCAGGACGCUAGUAACACUCUGGACAACGGUCACGCACCCUCACAUAAGCGAUCCAGUCCCGACACGCUCGGAGACGAAGGCUUCUUCGACCUCCUGAGUCGUUUCCAGAGCAACCGCAUGGACGACCAGCGCUGCUCCGUCCGGGAAAAAGGCGGCAGCAGGUUGUCGCUGAGCAGCCGCCCGGAGUCCCCGCCCAGAAUCAUAAGAAAAUCCGUGUCCGAGUCCGCCGACGUGUCCGGCGCUCAUAGCCGGCGGCUAGAGGAUUCCUCGGCCGCGGGCGGGAGCCUGCCGGGCCUCCGACUCAACCAGAACGGCAACCGGGCCGUGCUCAGCCACCUGAUGGCCAACGCGGACAACGCCGAGCCCGACGAAGACUUCUUCAACAUGCUCGUCAAGUGCCAGGGUUCUCGUCUAGACGACCAGCGUUGCGCGCCUCCCCCUCCACCGGCGCGUGGACCUACGGUACCGGACGAGGAUUUCUUCAGCCUCAUCAUGCGCUCGCAGGCCAAACGAAUGGACGAACAGCGCGUCACGUUGCCCUCUUCCGCAAAAGCCACCGUCGCCAAUUCCGGCUGA